AUGAACUCUGAAACAAGGGCGACUAAAUCCAAAGGUUCCAUGUUCACUAAAGUUUUGGAUGUGAAAUUGAGACGUAAAUAUUUUUCUAGUUUUAAUUCAUCAAAUAAACUACAAUAUUCCUCAUAUGAAAACGAUAAUCUUAAUAAUGAUGAUGUCCAACGACAUUCUUCAAAAAUUUUCGAAAUUCCUUUGCAAAAUGAAAGACAUCCAAUUGCUGUAACUGCAACUGUUAGGAAACUUAAUCGAAAAUACCCGUCUUCUCAUUCACAUUCAUUUGAUCCAUCUAAAAAAUUUCACACUUUAAUUUCUGAUUAUCGAAGACAUACAUCAAAUGUGA